AAUGGAAGAAGAGCAGUCCAAGCAACAAAGCAAGUCAAGGCGCAGAGCGCUCUCGCUCAAGCCAUUCAUCAAUUUGGCAGCUCGUAGCAAUUUAGCUAAUUAUCCUUCCUUCUCGUGUCUGCACCAUGCUAUCGCCCGGCAACUCGCUCGGCAUCUACCCCGAGCAGAUCACCCCGUUCUACAACGACAUUUCUAGCGUGGUGUACGGCUCCGUUAUCAGUGUCUUGCGCGGCCAGGCGGUGGUCAAGCUCGCCCCCGACGGCGCGGUCCUUCACCCCCGGACGUUCUCCGCUCCCGCUGCAGAUAGCGUCCUCCUGGUGGUCCCAGCAGCCGAGGCGGUGUUCGGCAUCGGACGCCUACUCCGUCGUUGCGUCUUCGGCGCGCUCGAGAGUCGCUGGUUCCACGCGCACCCGACCUCGGGCACAUUGGCGACGCGUAUUGUUGGGACCCUUCUGACGUUGGCGGCGAUGGUAUGGCGCCCCCUCUCGUGGAGGUCGCCCCACCGGCGCUGUCGCGGCGCAGCGACGUCCUCCCGCAGCUGCCUCCGCCGCGCGCAACGCCAGGGGCGUGCCCGUACGCAAUCAACCUAUUCCUCGCGUCGACGGCAGAAGACGCGGUACCGUCGCCGACAUUCGACGUCGCUCUGGGACGCGCUCUGGGCCCUGCUUGGCUACAUCAUCGCGUUCGGCUCCUCGACGAUUCAAUCGUUCGCGGGACACGCGCUCGUCUUCAUCGGCCACCUCAGGCAGCAGCGUAUCUUCAGCGACGCGCACAGAUCGGUCGUCGUCAAAUGGUUCAACGCUCAGUUCGCCUAAGUGAGCCAGCUGCUACACGCAGGCGCGGCCGGCAACGCGCGCUCCAUGGCACUCGCCCUCAACCUUUACAGGACCUUCGCAGGCCGCCCCGCCAGCGGCUCCCGCUAUGGCCCGGG